AUGUGGCUUCAAGCGGCGCUUUUGCUCGCUGCAUGCGUGUCCCCAGCUACAGCAAUAUAUCCUGAUGAAGUCAAUCAUAUUGACUUUCAUCAUGCCCUCCUCGGUGCCCCCUCCCCCGAUUCGACCUUCUUCCUAAAGCCUCCCUCCUCCUCCAAUGCAUCUCUCUUGUACACCAUCUCAGACAAGUCAAUUUUGGGCGCAGUAAACCCUCGGGAUGGCUCAUUACUCUGGCGUCACAAUCUCUCGUCGGAUUCUUCGACCGGCGCUAGUAUUUUGCGUGGGUUGGAUGGGAACAACGCCAUCGUCAGUGCUGCUGGUGGCUACAUCUCGUCGUGGAGCCCCCAAGACGGGAAAUUGAUCUGGCAAAGCGCUCCCUUAGGGGGCGCUGUGACCGACUUGGAAUUGUUAGAGCUAGAUGAUGCUAGCUCCACCGCCGGUGCCAGAGAUGCCCUUGUGCUAGUAGCUAGCGAGGGUGUGGGCAUCGUGAAACGGUUGGAUGGUCAAUCCGGACAGACAACAUGGGAGUAUAAAGAUAACAGCGGGGAUGUUCCGUUCCAGGUGUCAUCUUCACCGACGCAGGUGUUCUACAUUUCACUCCAGUCGGCCUUGCGCAAGGGCUAUAAGAUCAAGGUCACUGCUCUGGACUCUCUUACCGGUCGCCAGACUCUCCAGUACACCCUGAACUCCGAUAAUGACGUUACCUCCCCGGAAUCCGUCCUCUACGUGGGCGCCAACACCGCUUCACCCCUCAUUGUCUGGGCGGAUAAGUCGCAAAAGACCCUCAAGGUCAAUGUCAUUGGUACCAAGCAGGUCAGCUUGCUUAGUAUCGACAACACCUCUGGCAAGGAGCUGCAAAAGAUCACGGUCCACGCUCCUCAUAAACUCAAUUCUCUCCCGCAUUUCUUGGUCCAUUACAAGACGGACGAUGGAGCAUGGGCUGAGGUCUUCCAUGUUGAUUUGACGUCGGCAGUUGCGACUACAGCCUAUCGGCUGCCUUAUAUACAGGGGCAGUCCGUGAUUGCAACAAACAACAUUGAUGCGAAUGUCUACUUUACUCGCAUCACUGACUCGGAAGUAAUUGUGGUCUCCUCCGCCUCCCACGGCAUCCUGGGUCGCUGGAAUGUGGACACUGAGUCUCCAGACCGCUCAACUCAUGCAGUAGCUGAGGUCAUCAGCAAGGGAAGCACGGUAGCUGUUCGGUCUGUACUUCUGCGGGAGUCUGGAGCUUGGCAACUCAUCCGAAACAGCCAGAUUGAGUGGACUCGGCACGAAGCCCUGAUCGACACUGUCGCGGCUGUGUGGGCUGAAUUUGAGGCUCAAGAAGAUUUGGUGCAUGAACUGGAGGUGGAGGGCCAUGAAAGCUUGACCGGUGCCUAUAUUCACCGUGUCAAGCGUCAUAUUCGAGACCUCGAGCACCUCCCUGAUUGGCUGAAAACACUUCCCAGCCGUAUCCUUAGCAGUAUUCUGAAUGAUGAGGCUACUAACCUGAACCACUUCGGUGUCUCCAAGCCAGUGGUUGUUGCUACCAGCAAUGGCCGCGUCUAUGCCUUGGAUACUGGCAAUCAAGGUGCGGUCAUGUGGAGCACUAAAGUGGUGGAGACAUCGGAAUGGGAUGUGAAGGCUAUCCUGACUCAGCCAGGAUUGGCUACAAUUUAUCCUAGUGAUGGAAGCUCUGUCACUCUCAACGUCUUCACGGGUGAGAUCAUCAGCCAAUCCGAAAGCAAGGACAAAGAUACUAAAUUUGGGUAUGUUGCCUCAUUCGACAACGCGGUUGUGGUGGGUAUCAACACCGAUGGCACCCCAGCUACUUCCUUUGAUGAAUUGGCCAAGUUCCUGGUGACUACCAGCGCCGACGGCCGAGUUCUUGGCUGGAAUGGGAAGGAUCACAAGGUUCCAGUGUGGGAGUUUGUGCCCCCCUCAGGUCAGAAACUCAUCCAUGCCACCGCCCGUCCUGUGCACGAUCCAGUUGCAUCGAUUGGUAAGGUUCUUGGAGAUCGAUCCGUCCUAUACAAGUACCUGGUCCCUAAUCUGGCACUCAUUACCGCUGUGAACGAAAAGGAUCACACCGCUAGCUUUUAUCUGUUGGACGGAGUGUCUGGAAAGGUGCUCUACGCAACAACCCAGGCCGGUGUAGACACAACCCAGCCCAUUGCCUCUACAAUUUCCGAGAAUUGGUUUGCCUACUCUUUCUUCGGCGACGUCGUCGACGAGUCCUCCGCCAAGGGCUACCAACUCGUGAUCUCCGAGCUCUACGAAUCGUUGAGUGUCAACGAUCGUGGUCCUUUGGGAGCAGCUGCAAACUAUUCCAGCCUAGACAGCCUCCCGCUCCCCCACGUUAUUUCCCAGUCCUUUAUCAUUCCCGAGCCCAUUUCCCACAUGGCUGUCACCCAGACUCGCCAGGGCAUCACGACCCGUCUCCUCAUUUGCAGUCUUCCAGAGACUAACGCGAUUGUCGCUAUCCCCCGUCCCGUUUUGGACACUCGGCGCCCUGUUGGUCGUGACCCCAACGCCGCCGAGACUGAGGAGGGACUGUUUCGCUAUGCCCCCUACCUCGAGUUUGAAGGCAGGUGGUAUCUCACGCACUCGCGUGAUGUCGCUGGCAUCAAGACUGUCUUGUCCCACCCCACCCUCCUGGAGAGUACCAGUCUUGUCUUUGCCUUUGGAAGUGAUCUCUACGGUACCCGAUCGACACCCAGCCAGGCGUUCGACGUAUUGGGCAAGAGCUUCUCAAGAUUGCAGCUUGUGUUGACAGUGGUUGCACUGACGGGUGGAGUCGCAUUCUUGGCCCCGAUGGUUCGGAAAAAGCAGGUCAACAUGUUGUGGAAAUAG